AUGAAUGUCCUUGCACAGGAAUCCUCAAACACUGAGGAGCGCGCCGAGUUCGUCGCGGCCAAGUUCUCCAAGCUAAGGACUAGAUUCUCUUCGACCUUGCACAGAAUGUCCCAGACUUCCUCAGCCGCGAACGAAUCGACGCUGAACGUGUUGUCGAGAAUGUGGAAGUCCGACAUCAUUGUUCUUCUCGAUAUAUGCUCUAGGCUUGUGAAGUUGCCGCUGAUGACCCGAUAG